AUGGGAGGUGGAGAGGGCAGCGUGUGGGCAUGGCUUGGCACACCACGCUGGCAUCUAUUCCUAGUAGCUACGCGCGCGACACACGGCAAACAGCACGGCAGGCGGCCCACUUGGGAGGCGCCAAGGCCAGCAAACACCGACGACGCUAUUACCCCACAAUUUGGCGAUCGGCGAGGCCAAGGGCGAGCGCUGUUCCCCGCCUUCUUACCGCGUUGGAACACUGCCGCUCCAUGCAUUGAGGCCCUGACAAUGCUGCCCAAGUCCAAGUGCAAGCAUUGUGCGGGCUUAAGCCAUCCGCCCCGUCCACCGCACGCCCGCUGGUCAUGCCUCGCUUGCGACAUGGGCCCGUCAGCUCUUGCUCUUGCUCUUGCUUUUGCCUGUUGGCGAACCACUGGAGACACCAAGAGGGAAUGGCAAGGCGGCAAGGAACCCCUUGGAAAGGCCAAGUGCAAGUGCGACAUUGACAUGCCCAUCCACAUUCCAUCCACAUCGCAUCCACUCCCGCCCACUCCCGCCCACGCCCAUCCACAUGCACAUGCACAUCCAGCGGCGUCUAUGGCGCUGCCGGAAAUAGCGCCAAUGGGGGGCGACUGCGAGCAAGAGCACGAGCCUGCCCAAGGGAUCAUCUCAGAUCAUGCGGGGCACAUGCAUGGCCUCGAAGCCAGACCGUCUCCCUUACCACCACCACGACCACCGCCGUCACCGCUUCACAUGGCAAUGGAAAAAAAAAGGACGACCAAACCAUGA